GGGGAGGGGGGAAGGAGGGGGCCGCGUUCACUGCUGGAUCGCUUAUCUGAGAUCUCAAAGUCCGCCUUUCGCCGUGCGCUCUCCCCUCUCCGCGGACCUGCCAUGGAUGUUACUCCUGGAUGUGCAUUCUUCAUUAUUUUCCUCCACUUUCAGCGCGCGGAUACUCUUUACAUCGCCAACAGUAUAGAUUCCCUGCAGCAUGUCCUGAGGGAGUACGGGCUGGUGAGGCCGGUGAGCGUGGAUGCAGACGGGCACUUCCUCACCCACGCCGUCUCUGCCAGCCGCUUGAGUGGGCAGGGGUCCCACCGGCGCAAGAGGAGACAGGCCAACCAGGAAGGAGAGACGGACCACCUGAGGCUCCGGGAGACUCUCUUUUAUAAUGUCACUGUUUUCGGACAGGAGUUUCACCUUCGCCUCAGGCUCAAUUCCAGGCUUGUGGCUCCGGGAGCUAAAGUGGAGUGGCUGGAGGAUGAUAACCAAACACACUCAGAGCCCUUGUUGCCCAGUGACUGCUUAUAUGUGGGUUAUGUUACCAAUGUGCAGGAUACAUCCGUGGCUAUCAGCAAUUGCGAUGGCCUGGCGGGGAUGAUCCGCGCAGGUCAGGAGGAGUUUUUUAUCGAGCCACUGGAGAGAGGAGGCGACAUGACAGGAGAGGAGGAAGGAGGACCCGGGCGUCAUCACAUCGUCUACCGCUCCUCUGACAUCAAGAAGCCGGCCGUCAAUCAGCCUGCUGACUUUCACCCCAGAGGUUCUCCUCUGGGUGGUCUUGCUGCACUGGAGUUUUUACCCCAACAUGUGAAGAAGAAAAUCAACUCGCGAGCACGCAGAGAGACGUAUGAAGAUGAGAUCUUUAACAUCGAGGUUCUACUGGGGGUUGAUUGCUCUGUGGUGAUGUUUCAUGGCAGAGAGCACAUCCAGAAGUACCUCCUGACCCUCAUGAACAUUGUAAAUGAGAUUUAUCAGGACAGCUCUCUGGGUGCCCAUAUUAAUGUGGUCCUGGUUCGAAUCAUGAUGCUUUGCUCCUCCAAGUCCAUGGGUUUAAUAGAGCUGGGCAAUGCAUCUCAGAGUCUGGAGAAUGUCUGUCGCUGGGCCUUCCUGCAGCAGAAAGAGGACAAGAAUGACGCUGAAUACCACGAUCAUGCCAUUUUUCUCACCAGACAAGAAUUUGGGCCCACUGGCAUGCAGGGUUAUGCUCCUGUGACAGGGAUGUGUCACCCUGUGAGAAGCUGCACUCUGAACCAUGAGGACGGCUUCUCCUCUGCUUUUGUUGUGGCUCACGAGACUGGACACGUUUUGGGGAUGGAGCAUGACGGCCAGGCCAAUGAAUGUGGGGACGAGGUGCCCAUGGGGAGCAUCAUGGCUCCUCUGGUUCAGGCAGCCUUUCAUCGCUUUCACUGGUCCCGGUGCAGUCAGCAGGAGCUCCGGCGAUACCUCAAUACGUAUGACUGUCUCCGUGAUGACCCUUUCGAUCAUGAGUGGCCGACUCUGCCUCAGCUGCCCGGUCUGCAUUACUCUAUGGAUGAACAGUGCCGCUUUGACUUCGGCAUGGGCUACAUGAUGUGCACUGCGUACAGCACCUACGAUCCUUGCAAGCAGCUGUGGUGCAGCCAUCCAGAAAACCCUUUCUUCUGCAAGACCAAGAAGGGCCCUCCAAUUGACGGGACUAAGUGUGCAUCGGGGAAGAACUGUUUUAAGGGUCACUGCAUCAAGCUGACGCCGGAUAUUCUCAGGCAGGAUGGCCACUGGGGUCAAUGGACCAAAUUUGGUUCUUGUUCCAGAACAUGUGGUGGUGGAGUACGGUUCCGCACGAGAGAGUGUAACAACCCAGUUCCAGCCAACGGAGGGCGCACUUGUUAUGGAAACAAUUAUGAGUUCCAGUUAUGUAACACGGAGGAGUGCGCAGAAGCCCUGGUGGACUUUAGAGAGGAGCAGUGCAAGAUGUGGGACCCGCACUUUGAGCAUGAAGGAAACAAACACCACUGGCUGCCCUACGAGCACUCUGAACCUGAUGAAAGAUGUCAACUGUACUGCCAGUCGAAAGAGACCGGAGACGUGGUUUCCAUGAAGAGAAUGGUGCAUGACGGCACUCGCUGUUCCUACAAAGACCCUUACAGCGUGUGUGUGCGUGGAGAGUGUGAGAAAGUGGGCUGUGACAACGUUAUUGCCUCGGAGCUGGAGGAUGAUAAGUGUGGUGUGUGUGGAGGAGACAACUCCACCUGCAAGAUUGUCAAAGGAAACUUCACCCGCAGCACAAGGAAACCAGGUUUCCUGAAGAUCUUGGAGAUCCCCAGAGGAGCGCGCCACAUACAGAUCCAUGAAUUCAAAGGAACGCCACAUAUUUUAGCGGUGAAGAACCAGGCCACAGACCAUCUCUUCCUAAACGACGAGGGUGAUUUUCCUGAGUCACGUACAGUAAUUGAGAAAGGUGUGGCAUGGGAGUACACAAACAAUGAUGACAUGGAGAUGGUCCAGACCACCGGACCACUCAGAUAUGGAGUUCUCAUCAUGGUUCAGUCUCACAGCAUUUCCAAAGUCACGAUCUCAUACAAAUACAUCCUGCCAGAAGACCCGCUCUCAUCAAUGGAGAACACCCUUCCUCAGGACGACACAAUUUACUUCGAGUGGGCUUUGAGGAAGUGGUCGCACUGUUCCAAGCCAUGUGGCGGAGGGAAACAGUACACACGUUUUGGAUGCCGAAGGAAGUCGGAUGGCAAAAUGGUACACCGCACUCUCUGUGCCAACAUACCCAAACCUCGUGCCAUCAGCCGAGCCUGCAACCAGAAGGAGUGCUCAGAACCAAUCUGGGUGACAGGAGAAUGGGAGGAGUGCAGUAAAUCUUGUGGUAAGACAGGUUCACAGACUCGACCUGUGCGCUGUGUGAGACCUGAACUGGAUGGUUCAUACAAAGCCAUCAAUGCCAAAUAUUGCAAUGAUGACCGGCCUGAAGGGCGAAGGCCUUGCAAUCGUCACCUAUGCCCUGCACACUGGAGAACAGGACCUUGGUCUCAGUGCUCGGUCAGCUGUGGUAAUGGGACUCAGGAGCGGCAGGUCAUGUGCAGCACCCCUGAUAAUGCCAUAGGCAUCUGCAUGGACACCAAACCUCAGAGUGUCAGAUUUUGUCUGCCAGCACCAUGUCCAAAUGACAGAGGCAACUUCCUGAUCCAGUGGCUCUCCAGAGCAGACCCAGAGUUCCCAGCGCCAAAAAUCUCCUCAAGGUCCCGCUGUAAAGGAGACAAAUCUGUGUUCUGUCGAAUGGAGGUGCUCAGUAUGUACUGCUCUAACCCCGGCUACAGACAGAUGUGCUGCAAGUCCUGCAACGAGACCAACUAUACCUCUCAAUUCAACCUGACUCGACCUUGGACCUACACCACUGCUAACCCACCCAAAACUCCCAUUCGCACCACACUGAUUUACAGGACCUCACAGAAACCCAGAACAACAACCACUCCACCAAUCAGCAGAUGGACAGACAUUAGCACCACAUCAGCAACCACCUUAACCCUAAAACAAGCAACAAAAAUCCCUUUUACAACUGGAGCUUUCCUAAAACAUCCCUAUUCAUUUGACUAUGAAGAGGAAAGCAGUGGCUCCUUUUAUGAAGACGAAACAUGGAGCGAAGUCUCGGAGUCUGAAUCAUCAGAGUUCAUCUCAUCGUCCUCAAAGCCUUGGUCAACAACUCCACGAUAUACAACCACACCUGAGAAUGAAAACAUCGAAACAACCCUUUUGACAACGCCACAGUCGAAUGUUACUGCCACAACGAGCCCUCCUGCCAUAGUCAGUCUGCAUCUCUCAGAGGACAAGAAGGAGAACAACUCCAUUGAUGUGUCCUACAGAAUUGUCAGUCCCAAUGAGGUGACACUCAACCACUUUGUCCCCAGAAAGCGAGUGUCUUUUCACGAGAAAACACAUAAUAAAAGAAUUCAGGAGCUCCUUGCGGAGAAAAGACGACAGGACUUCCUGCUUCAAAGACUGAAACGAAAACCAGGAGACUGAUAGAUUUGCUUCCCUUUAUCCCUGUGGUAUUUUGAGAGUAUAUUUUUGAGGUGGUUUCAUGGUCUCUACACUCUCUCUUGGCAUUUACAAAUUUUUAAAAAGGUCCAAAGUCCAAAUCUCAGUCUUUAAAAAAAAAAAGUCCCUUUUCGUGGGGGUUUACCAUAUUUUGCUACUUUUAAAAUGUACAAGAUGGAUGAAUCCCAUAGUGGAGAUUCAGCAGUUUAAAUUGGCUAUAUGUGCUAUGUGAUGUUUUGCAGUCCUUUACAGUAGAUCCCUGUGAGAUCUUGGGUAAAUGUAAACAUUAACAGUCAGACUGUAGGAUACACAUUAUUGAUCUUUUUUGCAGCUGGUAUUAACAUGUUUUUAGUGGUCCAAUCUCAAGUGAUCAGAAAAGACGUAUUGCCAUUUUUUCAUGGUAUUAACAUGGCUGGGUCUGAUUUUGCAAAGUAGGAUGCAGUCCUGGAUUUACAUCUAUGUUGAUUCUGGAACCAAAUCCCUAACUCUAACUGUAAAUUAUUCCCAAAAUCAGAGAGGAUUUAUAGCUGGACACCAGUGACAUGGAAGCACAAAACUAGGGAUGUCCCGAUUAGGUUUUUUUGCCCUCGAGUCCGAGUCAUUUGAUUUUCAGUAUCUACCGAUACCAAAACCCGAUCCGGUACUUCUAUAAUACAUAAAAAAUAAGAAGAAAGAAGAAACAGAUCCAGGAUGUUUCUUAUUUUUUAUUUAAUUCACCUUAUUUAAUAUCCAUCAACUCUGUUAACAAACAGAGCACUUCUGUGAGGUAGCUUGAACAAUCAAGUAAUAAAUAACAUAAAUUCUUCACUUUUGGACUUCGAAAAAAAAUCGAAUAUAAAAACAAAUAACACCUCAACUUAAAAUACCCGGCAGGCAAUCCCAAGUUUACAAAUCUCACAGUUUGCUAUGGCAAUGAUGUCAUCAACUUUAUAAUACCUUCAGACCGCAGACACACUCACGCUUUCCGCUUCAAGCUGCUUCCGUGUUCUACUUUACCGGCAUUUAACCAAUAGCGUCUCUGCAACAAAGUGAUGUCCUACCGCAUACAGUACGUUGCUGUUUCUGUGUGAAGUCAAGAAAGAGGUCUAACUUUGUGCCACGGCAUAACUAUAGAUGUGUUAAAAAUAAUAAGAAUAUUUUUUUUCGCAGUGGGUAGCACAAUCGCCUCACAGCAAGAAGGGCCAAGCCUUGGCUGGGUCAGUUGGUAUUUCUGUGUGGAGUUUGCAUGUUAUCCCCGUUUUCGUGUGGGUUUCCUCCGGGUGCUCCGGUUUCACCCACAAUCCAAAGACAUGCACUAUAGGUGUGAAUUGGGUGAGCUAAAUUGUCUGUAGUGUAUGUGUGUGAAUGCGAGUGUGUUUGGUGUUUCCCAGUCAUGGGUUGCAGCUGAAAGGGCAUUAGCUGCAUAAAACAUAUGCUGGAUAAGUUGGCAGUUCAUUCCAAUGUGGCGACCCCAGAGUAAUAAAGGGACUAAGCCAAAAAGAAAAUGAAUGAAUAUAUAUUUUCGUAAACUGUAAUCUUAUCCCUUGAAUCUGAUUGGAAUAUUGUUCCAUGAUGAACACUGAACACAUUGGCAAGAACGUUUAGUGUUCAAAAGUACUCAAUAUCAUUGACUAAUUAAAACCUGGACUAAAGCCAACUGCAUUUUUUUAUGCGCCUAUAUGUUGGUGCGCAACACAUGCAAACUCUGCUUAUUACAAGGAUGUGCGACAGUACACAAACCUGUCGAAUAAGAAACGCCAAAUGACUCGCAUAAGUACAGUACAACCCUUUCAAAGACAGUUGGCCAUUGGCAGCAUCAGAUUCAGCAUGCAGAAUUGGUGUCUGUCGUCAUUAAAAGAGAGCGCUCUGAUUGGCUGUCCAACUACAAAUCAGAGCACAAUAACAAAAACAUAAGUGACUUACUGUAACUAGGCAAAUGACACAAGUCAAAAGAAAAUACAAAGAAGCCAGCUGUAAUUUUGUCACAUUUCUUAAAUAUUUACAAGCUGAAAAUGGUGAGCAAGUGCUUUGUUUACAGUUUGUAUGUGUGGGAGUUGUACCGGUUUCCCUUUGUGGAAAGAAAAUAUAGACUACUGCCACCUGUGGGUUUGGAAAGCUACAUUCUCUCACACAGGUGCAGAACAGAUCUUCCUAUUUUAGUUGGCUGUCAUUUGAUUGGUGUGUUCACAUGCAGCUUUUUUGUCUAGAGGAGUCCAGAAGCAGCCGACAACACAGUCAGUUUUUAUUACCACUAGCUUUUUUGUCCCUGGUUUAUCGAUACACAGGGAACUGACCAUGUGUUCAGGAGAGUUCACUUGCACUGUAUGCUUUAAACGAUGCCCAGAAUAUUCAGUUUCUGUUAUCAUUUUCAGUUUCUGUUAUCCAUACACAGGGAACUGACCAUGUGUUCAGGAGAGAUCACUUGCACUGUAUGCUUUAAACGAUGCCCAGAAUAUCCAGGUUCUAUUACAACUUUAUUUAGUGAUGUUCACUUGAGAUUGGACUGAUUGAGCCCAUCUUAAUACCAGGAGUAAACUAGGCCAGAGUUUAGGUCUUAAUGGUGCUGUUGAAAGCACAUUUGACUCAACAAUUUCCCUGCUAGAACUUCAUUGAAAACUAAAAAUCAUUGUGAAUCAUGUACGUUACAUUAAAGACCUCAGAUUUGGUUAAAAUUCGUCUUGGCCAGCAAAAUCAUACAGUUCGGACCGACUAAUAGGAGAGUUUUUAAAUGUUUUUGCUGUUUGAAUGCACUUAAAUGAAAGAUGUUGCACAUAACACUAUUGCGGAAUGAAGAAAUCCAUAAAUCAUGUUUGUCACAAACUUUGUCAUAUUUUUCUUACAUAUAAAUGUUAGAAAUACCUUAUAAGGGAAACAUCAUGUUGUUAUCAUUGUCUCUCCAUUAAAGGUUCACUGAACUUACAGAAAGCAGAAUCAAAUCAGUUGUUAGUUUGUCAGUUGUAACUGGUUUGUUGUUUUUAGAUGAGUUUUGGUCAGCUGGUGAAGCCAUCAUCUUGUUUAUUUCUCCAAGACCAAACCUGUUUAAUUCUCAAUUUCAUCAGGGGAGUGAUUUUUCACCAUCUUGUUCACCUUGUCCAAACACAUCAAGAGUGCUUGUUUAAAAUGUACAUUGUUUUUUUCAGUAUAUCUGCUUGGUUUUCUUGUCAGUUUGCGUGACCAACCUCUACCUGUGUGUGGAAAUAUUGUGCCCUUACAAGAAUCUAGAUUGCAGGCAUGGGCGUCGCUAGGCCUAUUUAAGGGGGGCUGUAGCCCCCCUAUAUUUUUAUUCAGCCCCCCCUAAAACUUUUCGGAUUAGCUCAUAAACUGUAGACCAAAUUAUCGUCUCUGUCCACUUUAAAUUUGAUGUGAAGACAGCGGCAGAAUUCGGCUCCUCCCCGACUUUCACUUUUCAUUUGAUCAGCAAACCACAGAACGAUAGAACAGAGUGUGUUUAUUGAUAAAUUGUUAUAAAAUAUGCUUAUUUGCAGUUCUUUGCUAUAGAUACACUUGUAUCACUUGUACCCCAAUGUCAUAUAGGAGCAGUCGGGUUUCCAAUCUAUUGUUUCCUCCUCACAAUCACCUCAUAAUCACAGCUGUUUCCUCCAGCGAAAAUGUAACUCUUAACAAACAUUUUACUAUUUUUAUUUCAAAAUAAACUACCACACAUUACAGUGCAUGUGGCAUUAUCUAUACCACAGUCAUGCACAGAAAGGAUUAAACACAGUGGCAGAACCACUUAGUGAAUGUACUCAUUUUACUGUCAGAGUAACUUCAUGUGUAGUCUUGUUUUAAAAAUAUUUCCUAUUUUAAUAUUAUGAUUCAGUUUGUGAAAUAUGCGAAUAAGUUAAAUGUAUAUAUUUUAUAUGUGUGCCAUUUAAUUAGAAAAGUAGCAGUUUUGUUUAUUAAUAGAUGGAAACAAAAUUAGUACUUCAACAUAUAUAGUGGCUUUUAUUACAGUAAACAGGUGUGUUGAGCCUAUUUGGUUUAGCAUACAACCCUAAA